AUGCUCUCGUUCCUCUUCUUGUUUGGUCUGACUCUGGGGGCUGUGUCUCCUUCAGACGGCUAUCCGGUGAAUCUUCUGCGUGGCAGCUGUCCCAUGUUCUGGUACAGUUUCAACGGCCGCUGCUACAAGUAUGUCGCUUCACGUUUGACCUGGGCUGAUGCAGAGCUCCACUGUGUGUCACAGCGAGGCAACCUGGUGUCCAUCCACAGUCAGGAAGAAGAGAAUUUCAUCAAAUCCCUGAUCAAGAAUUUUGACCAUGUUCAGGGAUUUACCUGGAUUGGACUCAGUGACAUCCACAAAGAAGGUAGUUGGAUGUGGUCUGAUGGUAGCAGAGUGGACUUUGUCUAUUGGAAUAGAGGAGAACCAAAUAACAAAGGAGGACAUGAACACUGUGUUCACAACAACUAUGAUAAAGAUUUGAAAUGGAAUGACAUCCCAUGUUCUCUUACUUAUCCCUCCGUUUGUGCAUCUCGUAUUACCUGUCCUUAG